UCUAUCAAAGAGAGCAGUGCAUUUUUGAAGCAUCUAAGCACCUCCUGUAUUCAGCUGAACAUUCUGUCAGUCUUACAGGCACUGAGGGUGGUAUAAAAGGACGCUAAAUUUUACAACCAUUCAGUGCACUUACUCUCAUACUGCAUCUGGAAUUUUACACAUUGACAUUGAGUGUGUUAACAUUCUUCAUCUAUAUUGGACAGAAAUGUCUUUCUCUUGUGGAUUGAGGCUUUUGGAGAUGUAUUUUUGCCUUUUUUUACUCCACUCUUGCCUACAAAUGGUGGCUGGACAGCUCUCUUAUUCCGUUUCAGAGGAGGUAAUCCCAGGAACACCGAUUGGAAAUAUUGCCAAGGAUCUAAACCUCAACACACAGGAUCUGGAAUCUCGUAUGUUUCAGAUUGUUUCAAGAUCGAAGAAAAAAUUAUUUGAGGUUAACCUUAAGACGGGUGUUGUCUUUGUCAAUGAAAGAAUAGAUAGGGAAGAGCUUUGUUUAGAGGAGCCAAGAUGCUCAAUUAAUGUAGAAGCUGUGAUAAAUAAUCCAUUGAAAUUGUACCAUAUUGACUUUGAAAUUUUAGAUGUAAAUGACAAUGCCCCAUCCUUCACCACCACACAGCAGAAUCUGUAUAUUGCUGAGAGUACUUUACCAGGAGUGAAAUUUGCUUUAUCUGAAGCGCCUGAUGCAGAUAUAGGGAAAAAUGGGGUCAGUUCUUACAAAUUAAGUCUGAAUGAGCAUUUUUCUUUGGCUGUGCACAAAUUAGGUGACAGUGUGUCUGCAGAGUUGGUGUUGCAGAAGGCAUUAGACAGAGAAAGGCAGCCUGUGAUCACCAUGACACUGACUGUGUUAGACGGUGGGAGUCCUCCUAAAUCAGGCACCUCACAGAUUACUGUUAAUGUGCUAGAUAUUAACGAUAACAUUCCUAUCUUCAGCAAAUCGCUUUAUAAAGCAAAUAUUACAGAAAAUGCACUAGUAGGAACCACAGUGCUUGCUGUGAGUGCCACCGAUGUAGACGAGGGUCUAAACAGUGAGAUUGUUUAUUCAUUGAGGAGCAAAGACCAGGAUCACAUAUUCGAUAUGUUUUUAAUUGAACCACAGACAGGAAUCAUCAAGGUAAAAGGCAAUAUAGAUUUUGAGGAGAGAAAAGCAUUUGAAAUACGCGUAGAAGCAAGUGAUAAAGGACAGCCACCAAUGUCGACUCACAGUAAGGUGUUGGUGGAAGUUUUGGAUCUAAAUGAUAACGCUCCUGAAAUCACUCUCACCUUAUUACAUCAAACUGUAAAGGAGGAUGCCGCAAUUGGCACCGUUGUCGCACUUGUGUCAGUCCAAGAUAAAGAUAGCGGAAAUAAUGGUGAUGUUAAGAUUCAAAUUAGGAAUUAUGUCCCAUUCAAACUAGAAACCAACUAUAAAAAUUAUUAUUCCUUGAUAGUUGAUGGGCCACUAGACAGGGAGAAAAUUUCUGACUACAACAUUACCAUAGCUGCUUCUGACAAUGGAAUCCCGAAGCUUUCAAAUACACAGACAGUUUCUAUAACUGUUUCUGAUGUAAAUGAUAAUGCACCGCUUUUUGCAGAGGAUGUGAUAACUGUACAUGUGAAGGAAAACAGGGCAGUUGGAGACAUGCUUAAAAAAGUGACUGCAUCUGAUGCUGACAGUGAGCAGAACAGCAGGGUGAGCUAUUCAUUUUUACAAAGUACUAGUAAUAUGAUCCCAUUAUCUACACUAAUAAGUGUUAAUUCAAAGACAGGAGAAAUAAUAAGCCUAAAGUCUUUCAACUACGAGGAGUUGAAAACCUUUCAGUUUAAACUUCAGGCUACAGACUCUGGUGUUCCUCCGCUCAGCAGCAAUGUGACUGUUAAUGUUUUAAUUCUGGAUGAAAAUGAUAAUAAUCCAUCAAUUUUACCUCCCUAUUCUGAGCAUGGCUCUGUUAACAGUGAGACUAUUCCAUAUUCUGCCGAAGCAGGACACUUUGUAGCAAAGAUCAGGGCUGUGGACGCAGACUCUGGAUACAAUGCGCUGCUUUCUUAUCACCUAUCAGAACCCAAAGGAUACAACCUCUUCAGGAUCGGAACCAGCACUGGAGAAAUCAGGACUAAGAGGAGAAUGAGUGACAAUGACCUGAAAACUCAUCCUUUGGUGGUUCUGGUUUCUGAUAAUGGAGAACCUUCACUGUCAGCUACUGUGUCUAUUGAGGUGAUGGUGGUUGAAAGCACUUCUGAUGUUGAGACUCAAUUUAAACAUGUCCCUAUCAAGGAGAACCACCUUUCUGAUUUGAACUUGUACCUGCUUAUUGCUAUUGUUUCAGUCUCCGUAAUAUUUCUGCUGAGCUUUAUUAGUUUAGUAGUUGUCAGAUGCCACAGGACAGAAGGCAAUUUCAGCAAGUAUGACACCCCCAUGAUCACCACCCACCCUGACGGGAGCUGGUCCUACUCUACAGCUACUCAGCAAUAUGACGUGUGUUUCAGCUCAGACACAAUGAAGAGUGAUGUAGUGGUUUUCCCAACACCGUUUUCACCUGUAGAUGCUGAACUGAUCAGUUUUAAUGGAGGAGACACUUUUGACAAAACUCAGACUUUACCAAACAAAGAACAGGUAAGAUAA